UGUAGCCUACUCGAUUAGCCAGGAGGGCUGACGUGCGACCCACGUACCUAGAGGGGCUACUUGAUAGAAUGUGGUUAGUGAAUUGUCUUUUUUACCAAACGUCCAUCUACGAAAACAACGGUGUACCGUGUAGCUGCUGCUGUUCAUCAGCCAAUUCGUCCACAUCCAGUGUCAGCGUACAGUGACAAAAUGCAAGGCAGGUGGGAACCCAUGAUGCUGAAAUGUGAUGUUUGACCUCCAAAUUCUCUUGGGAUGAAUAAGAAAACAACCCCAUGGAACCCUCCAGUAGCUGACAGUAUGUCGUCAGCAGUGGAGGCCAGUAUGUACAACAGUAUCCAGGCCAUCCUCAGACAGGCUGCCUCCUCAUGCAACAAAGGUAUGCUGAGGUGGACUCUUCAUAAGAAGGUGGAGACCCAUCCAUCUAACAGUGUCUCACUGGUCAGGGUUCUGGUCAAAGAGCUAGAGAAGGUGGAGAGGCUUGACUAUAAGAUGCAUGUCAUUCCAUUGCUUCACACUCUCAACUACGUUAUUAUUCAGUCUAGCCACAUUCCAUGCAACCUGUUUCAGAGAGUGUAUGAGUGCUUCAAACGGCUCCUAACACUUCCAGAGCCCUACUGUACUAUCACACUGAGAUACAUGAGAAGCAUAAAGAUGGAGCAGAUCACACCAGCUCCCUCCCCUACAAUAACUUCCUCCACAGGAGCUUUGUAUCAGAGAAGGGUAAUUGCUGAGCAGAGCCUAAGGAACAAACAUUUCCCCCAGCAGGAAAGGGUAUUUGUGUUUGCAGACCCGGCUGUGUUCUCAGGGUCCCUGUGGCAGGCGGUGAGGGCAGACCUGGUGCUGGCCGGCCCCCAAAGUGACACACUGGCAAGAUGGGUGCUACUGCACACUCUGCAGGCUGGACUGGGGAAGGCCUGUCAUGGUCCCAUACUGACUCAAGCUCUGGAGGAUCUAGGAGAAGAUGUGGAAAAGUACUUCCAGGAGGUGGUGUUAGCUGUAGAGCAGAGUAUAGAGAACGGCGAGGCAGGCCGUGACCAGCACAAAACCAGGCUACAGCACAUCUACAGUGACAUCCUGACCUCUGCUAACCAAGACCCAAAGGCCCGUGGCUCUCUUUCUAACACUCCAUUGCCCUCGCCAGAGAUUCACUUCCACCUGUGGACAAACGAAGAGGAGCUGUGGAAUGAGCUGGUAAACUUCACCCUAAACAUUUCCACCUCUGAGCGGAACUCUAUGUACCAGGAGGAGGAAGAGGAGGAUGUUUCUAAGAGGGUUUCCCUCCUGUCUGUUGAUAGUGGAAUAGAGAAGGACCUGUCUGACAUGGAGGAGCGGGAACAGAGGAAUCCAUUAACCCGGUCACGGUCACCGUGUUUCAGAGGGAGAAUGAAGCCAGAAGACAAAAUGGCUCUGGUACAGGAAAACAUCAAGGGGCCCACCUGUAGCACCCCUCUCCCUAAAGAGGAGGGGAACCUUACCGCACGCAUAGUGAUGAUGGGAGACGACAGGGUGCUGGGGAGACUGGCCAAGGUGUAUCACUCCAUCCGAAAAAGGGAGGCAAAACAUCUCAUCUUGACCAAGAGAGUGAACCUACAGAUAUACUACAUCCCUGUCACUGAUGAGCCUAUCGUCAAUUCACCUGAAAGCACAUCACAAGUUGGAGACAGGUUGUCUCUAGCCUCGUUCUUAGGAAGGGUCGAUCCCUGGUACGAAAGCAACAUCAACAGUUUGGGAGCCAUGAUUCCAAAGCUGGCAAGAACGCAGUCCAGGCACAGCAGGUCAUCAGAACCCAACCACUUCCUUGUGGAUGUCCUCUCCUACUACCUUCGCUGUGGCCUACAGCCUGUCCACUUCACACUCUACUCUGUUAAGAUCUCUGUCUCUGGCCAGACUGGCAGCCCUGUGAACGAGGUGUUUGUGUCCCACCUGGAUGCUGAGUUCCCGGAGUUUAAAACACUCAGAGAAAAUCUAAAACAAGAGAGAUCUAGUCUGCGACGAACAAGGAAGACACUUGGAACCUGUGGAGCGGUGGUUUCUAUGAAUUACACUAAGGUCUCCUUGAGCAAACAAGAGGUUGUCCAGGGAAUGUCAGUCAUGACAUGUGGAGUGGUCAUCAGUGCAAUAUCACCUAAUGAAACAGAAGGUCUUGAUUCCCUAACGGUCCAUUUUGACAGUACAAAUCCAAGAUGCUGCACGGAGAUCAGAACACAAAACAUUAAAAUCAGAAUCCUGGAGGAUAAGACCUUCACUGUCUGUCUGGACAAAGACUGUCGCAGGAAAUACACACAUGUGCAAAGCAUUGAGAUCUCUCCAUGUUUGGAUCCAGGGUAUUGCCUCCAGACAAGUUCCAAGUUCAGUGUGGGAGAGGAGAGGGAGGCGGGGCUGAGCAAAUACAUGUGCAAGAUCCUGCCUCUGCCAAUCAACACCUUCACUGGCAUCAACCACUGAGGGGAUUUGAUUAUUUAGCCCGGGCUCUGUCCCAGGCGUGAGCCAGGUGCUCCGCUCUGGCCAACGGCGAAGUAAGCUCAAAACAAAAGUGACAUCGGUUAUGCCCGAUUUCAACACAAUGUUUCUUAUAAAAAGAAGAUGCAGAUGCAGUCGGUCUCUCCUUUAUAUCAGCCCUCUGUGUCACGCCUGGUCCCACUCUUACCCCCUGGCACUCGAAGGUGCCAGGCUCUCCAGCAAAGCACACUCCUGCCAUCAUCAUUACACACACCUGCCUUUCCCCCGUCACGCACGUCAGAGAUUUUUGGAUUCACCUGGACUCAAUCACCUCUGUCAUUACCUUCCCUAUAUUUGUCUGGUUCCCCGCUCUGUUCCCUGCUUCUGCAUUAAUUGUUGUUUGUCUUUGUUUACUCGUGUGCUGACACUGUUCCUGAUUAAAUGUUUGACUCCCCGUACCUGCUUCUCAUCUCCAGCAUUGGUCAUUACACUCUGACUACAAUGAUAAGCAAGACGUGCCGCUCUGUUCUGGGCCAUAUGUUUUGACCAUGACAGUUGACAAUCUAAGAUAACACCAAGUAAUUUAGUCUCCUCAACUUAUUCAAAAGCCACACCAUUCAUUACCAGAGGUUUAGAACUUAGGGAAUGAUCUGUACCAAAUACAAUGAUCUUAGUUUUAAACAACAGUUUAUUACUGGCCACCCAACAGACUGCAACUCUUUGUUUCAGUGACUUCAUUAGCUGUGGUUGCUGAUGUGUAUAUGGUUGAAUCAUCAGCAUGGACACACAUGCUUUGCUUAAUGCCAGUGGCAGGUCAUUGGUAAAAAUAGAAAAGAGUGGAGGGCCUAGAGAGCUGCCCUGUGGUACAACACACUUUUACAUAUUUGACAUUAGAGAAGCUUCCAUUAAAGAAACCCCUUUGAGUUAUAUUAGAUAGGUAGCUCUGAAUCCACAAUAUGGCAGAGGUUGAAAAGCCAUAACACAUAUGUUUAUUUCAACAACAGGUUAUGGUCAAUAAUAUCAAAGGCUGCACUGAAAUCUAACAGUACAGCUCCCACAAUCUUCUUAUUAAUUUCUUUCAACCAAUCAUCUGUAAUUUCUGUCAGUGCAGUACAUGUUGAGGGCCCUUCUCUAUAAGCAUGCUGCUUGGCAGUGUGUAUUUGUUUACAGAGGAGAAAUAGCAUUGUAUUUGGUCAAACCCAUUUUUCCCCCAACAGUUUGCUAAGAGCUGGUAGCAAGUUUAUAAGUCUGCUGUUAGAACCAGUAAAGGAACACUUUAUCACUCUUGGGUAUCUGAAUGACCUUGGCUUCCCUCCAAGCCUGAGGACAAAGAAUUUCCUCUAGGCUCAGAUUAAAGAGAUGAAAGUGGCUAUAGAGUCAGUUACCAUCCUCAGUAGCUUUCCAUCUAAGUUUUGUCAUUAUUGAUCGCAAAAAAUUAUUUCCCCACCUCCCCCACACUAACUUUACAAAAUUCAAACUUCCAAUGAUUUUCAUUAAUUCUUUUCUAUUUUCUAUGCAUGAAUAUGAUGGCUCACUGUUCAUUGUUUGCAUUUCCUGCCUAAGUUUGCCCACUUUGCCAAUGAAGUAAUCAUUAAAAUAAUUACCAACAUCAAA